AUGAAAAUCGUAACACAGUGUGUAAAAUACCUGGUAACAACAGACACUUUGUUGUAUGGGCAGAUGCUUUACGUAGCAGCCUUACUUACAUAUAGUUUCAACACAGUAGUCGCAUAUGCUCGAAAGAGCACAGUAGUAGUGCAUAAUAAAUUGUAUUUUGGGCAUCUUAAGAAGCAAUGGCGUGUAAAUCGCGAGGCUUUAUCGUGCAUGAAUGAAGAGAAUAUGAUUAUCCGGGGACACGCCAAACCCGUAUAUGUAGAUUAUUACCCUUUAUCGUAUAAUUUAUAUCAAUGUGUUCCCGGUAUUGAGCAAUGA